CCUCGAUCACUCACUCACCUACCUUCCUCAUAAACCGCAUACAAUCAUGUCAAUGGCUACGCAAGACCGCAAACUUCCCUUUGGGAAGAUUGAGCCCAAUUCGGCCAAGUAUUUCGCUAGCUGUACGCUGGGUGGCAUUAUCGCUUGUGGCCCAACCCACACCGCCGUGACUCCGCUCGACCUGGUCAAAUGUCGCCGCCAGGUCGACCCGAAGAUCUACACCUCCAACCUCUCGGCAUGGCGCUCGAUCAUGGCCAAGGAAGGCGUGCGCGGGGUCUUCUUCGGCUGGACGCCGACCUUCCUGGGCUACUCGCUGCAGGGUGCCGGCAAGUACGGCUUCUACGAGUACUUCAAGUACCUGUACGGCGACCGGCUCUUCCCCAACACCAACCGCACCGUCGUCUACCUGGGCGCCAGCGCCUCGGCCGAGUUCUUCGCGGACAUGAUGCUGUGCCCGAUGGAGGCGAUCAAGGUGCGCAUGCAGACCACCCUGCCGCCGUUCGCGCACAGCCUGCGCGAGGGCUGGGGCAAAAUCACCGCCCAGGAGGGCAUGGCUGGCCUGUACAAGGGCCUGUAUCCGCUGUGGGCGCGACAGAUCCCCUACACGAUGACCAAGUUCGCCACCUUCGAGGAGACCGUCAGUAUGCUCUACAAGACGAUCGGCAAGCCCAAGGAGCAGUGCUCCGGGCUGCAGCAGACCGGGGUCAGUUUCCUGGGCGGGUACAUCGCGGGCAUCUUCUGCGCGAUCGUCAGUCAUCCCGCGGAUGUGAUGGUCAGUAAGCUAAAUGCGGAUCGGAAAGGUAAGCUCUUGUUUGCCCCAUCUCUGAGAUUAUGGGCCUUUGCUGUGGGUCGUGAAUACUCAGGGCUAACGUGGUAUAACUCUGUAGCUGGUGAGGGCGCGAUGACGGCCGUGUCGCGCAUCUAUAGCAACAUCGGAUUCUCCGGCUUGUGGAAUGGCUUGCCGGUCAGAAUUGUCAUGCUCGGUACUUUGACUGGAUUCCAGUGGUUGAUGUGAGUAUCCUCCUUUGUUGGUCUCGGAGCUCAAGGGCUGACGCUGGAUGCAGUUAUGAUUCAUUCAAGGUGUUCUGUGGAUUGCCGACGACUGGUGGACAUUGAUGGUGUUGGUCGUAAUGUAUUCUGAUGAAUAGAGUGGAUUUGUUUGUAUGUAAUUUCAUCAUAGUUAGGAGUUCGGUGGAUAAUGGAA